GGAGGGGGGUGCGGAAUGCUGGUUUUCACACAUGUACCUCUUAUUUCCUUUUGUGUGUGGGCACGUUUGAAACAGACCCGAGCGGCUUCCCGAUCCGACUCCACAGAUACGCGAAUCUCCAAGUGCUUUAUUUCAAAAACUAGGACAUAGCACUUUGCAGGAGAAAAAUCAGUCCAUUCACUAUUAUUUAUGUGAUUGCUGAUCUUCUGGGUGGGUAGAGAAAGCACCAAGAAUUAGAAUAACUUAUGGAGCAGAGCACUGGUUUACAAACAGAUUUCUCAGCCCGAGCUCUCUGGGUUCCUUCGCGUCUCUGGCUCGCUCGGUGCUGUGCGUACGGAGAAUACCCAGGAUCUGAAGACGGGCCGGGAGAAGGGACGGCAUGCAUAGCUCAAGUUAAAGGAAUAAGUGAGCAGCUAUUAGUGGCAGACAGGACAUGAUCCAUCUGUUUCCAGGUCUGGCGCAGGGCCGGGCGGCGGUGGCGGCGGCGGCGGGAGAUGCCCAGGCGGCCAGCGGAGGUCCAUGUGGCGCGCUAGGUGGGACCCCGGCAUCCUGAAGGCAGAGGCCCUGGCCCUCCUGCCCUGCGGCCUGGGCAUGGCGUUCUCCCAGUCCCACGUGCUGGCCGCCCGGAGGCACCAGCACAGCCGGCUCGUCAUCGAGGUGGACGAGUACAGCUCCAACCCCACCCAAGCCUUCACCUUCUACAACAUCAACCAGGGCCGCUUCCAGCCACCGCACGUGCAGAUGGUGGACCCGGUACCUCAUGAUGCCCCCAAGCCGCCCGGCUACACUCGCUUUGUCUGUGUGUCUGACACCCACUCGAGGACAGACCCCAUCCAGAUGCCCUACGGUGAUGUGCUGAUCCACGCCGGGGACUUCACGGAGCUGGGGCUCCCGAGCGAGGUGAAGAAGUUCAAUGAGUGGCUGGGCAGCCUGCCCUACGAGUACAAGAUUGUGAUUGCCGGCAACCACGAGCUGACCUUUGAUCAGGAGUUUAUGGCUGACCUCAUCAAGCAGGACUUUUACUACUUCCCGUCCGUGUCGAAGCUGAAGCCGGAGAACUACGAGAAUGUGCAGUCGCUGCUGACCAACUGCAUCUACCUGCAGGACUCGGAGGUCACCGUGCGGGGCUUCCGGAUCUAUGGCUCCCCGUGGCAGCCCUGGUUCUACGGCUGGGGCUUCAACCUCCCUCGAGGACAAGCUCUGCUCGAGAAGUGGAACCUCAUUCCCGAAGGCGUGGACAUCCUGCUGACCCAUGGACCACCCCUGGGCUUCCUGGACUGGGUCCCCAAGAAGAUGCAGCGGGUGGGCUGCGUGGAGCUGCUCAACACCGUGCAGAGGCGCGUCCAGCCACGGCUUCACGUCUUCGGCCACAUCCACGAAGGGUACGGUGUCAUGGCGGAUGGGACAACCACCUACGUGAACGCAUCCGUGUGCACCGUGAACUACCAGCCCGUGAAUCCGCCCAUAGUCAUCGACCUCCCCACGCCCCGGAACUCCUGACUGCCCCGCUGUCCCAGCCCUUCCCGCCCGCAGCAGCUCCCUAUGCCCGGCUGAGAGCACGGACCCCCCACCGCCCCUCCUUCCGUGCAGACAACCCGUCUGGCCGUGGGGACCAGCCCAGCAG